AACACGUAAUUCUUUUUUUUUUUUACUAUUAUAUUUUGGUCGGAGUAAAAAAAAAAAGCCAGAACCGCUAGAUUUUCCAAAUGUAUUAUCGUAGUUGACUAGAAGAAGUGAGGCGUCAAUGGGAUGGAGUAACAUAAAUACGACUCUACCUCUCCAGACUUUACACCACAGAACUCCUACUAUUUCCUUCCUGCAGUACUGUAGAAUAGACAAACCUAAAAAAAAUCCCUGAACCCAAGAACCAUGGCCGAGCCACAGUCAUCGACCUCCAUGGGUAGUUUGACGAGCGGCUGGUUUACACCUGCCUCUCUUUUCCUGUUGCUCAAUAUAGUGAUUGGCACCAUUGCACUCACCUCCCGUUUUGGCUCCAAAAGAAGAGAACAGGAAGAAAUCAGACCGCUCGUUAGAGGCCCAUCGUUAAUAGAACGAGUCAAAUCCAUCAACUUAUACUCAUCGCCCGACUCAGAAACCCAAAGAGAAGCGUUCACGGACUUUUUACAAAACACCGAACCAGACUACACGACCGGAGUUGAUCGAUCGGUUCCACUAGAACGAGCUCCCUCCCUCUUGGAACGGGUCAAAUCUAUCAAGUUCUCUUCUUUCUACAGAUCCGAGCAAGGAACUGACAUUGCGGGUGUACCGGACUUGGUUACACGUGAGAAUAGGGACCAAAGUUCCAGUUCUGAAGUGGAGCAUCAUGUCACAAGGAGUAAAUCCGAGUCUAGGGUGGCUCCGGAGAGGCAGGCGCCGGAGAAAAUGAAGAAGUCGGCCAGCGAAAGGGUGACAGCUGCUGCAGAGGAGGAGGAGGACAGAGACAGCGUGGAGCGGAGGAGGCCUGCAACGACAAGUUUGGAGAAAAAGAUGCCGUUUGUAGACGAAGCGGUUGAUGCGAAAGCUGACGACUUCAUCAACAGGUUUAAGCAGCAAUUAAAGUUGCAGAGGCUGGACUCUCUUCUGCGUUACAGAGACAUGCUAAGAGGCAAAUAAUAAUUAAAAAAAAAAAAGAGGAUAAAUUUUGUACAAACCACCCACUUUCUGUUUAUAUUUCUCAGCUAGCUUUGUUUACUUGCUGGGCCUGUACUGUUGUUUCUUCAAGAACGAAGACGCUGAUAGGAUCGGAAUGGAAGAACGCAGAAGCAAAAGGCUUACAUGUGUGUCGCUGUUGGAUGUGACGAAGAGCAGUGCACCGAAAGAUGAAACUGGAAUGACUGAAAUGAUUUCAGUUUUUUUUUUUUUUCUGGCCUUUGCUUUUGCUGAUGACGAGGAUAUUUCCGAUAUUUUGUUUAUUUGCUAUUGUCUUUAUUAGGCUCGUCAAUAAGAUGGUCAAGGGUUGUAUUUGUGUGGACUGAUUGUUAUAAAAGUUGGGUUCUAAUUUGAAGGCCAUAAUAAU